CGCCUCUCUUCAGUACUUACUAGGACUCACACCGGUCCAGUCCAGUCCAGGUGCUCCAAAAUGGAAAAGCAGUACGACUCCGUUACCACGUUGAACGUGAAGGAACUCAUGGAUUCCGAUGGCAAGAGCACCAGCGCCUAUUCCAUCGAUCAACCCUCAAGCCCGCCACCUGCGUACACAGGAGACAGAUGGUUCAAGAAGAGGAACUCUGGACCCUGGAUGAUCUGCACAGCAAUAGUAGCAGCGGCUGUGAUACUGGGAGGAUUCUUGUUGGCUGCCGUUUAUAUCACGCAGCUUCCCCGUCAGACAUGUGACUGCAGCUCCGUUGGCUCGACUUCCCUUCCCCUUCAACAGGAGAGAUCUUCCGGACCGUUCCUCGCGGAAACAGCAUCCCUUGUGGCCGAACCCCGAGAAGUGGAGGCGAAGGCCAGCGAGAAGAAGGAACAAAAAAUGCGAGAAAUAGAGGAGGAGGAUGACGAUGAGAAGGAGAAGAAGAGGAAGAGGAAGACAAGUGGAGGAAGGGGAAAAGGGAAAGGGAGGACACAGACAGGACGGGAAGUGAAGAAGGCUCGGAUCCGCACCAGCUCCGACGACGAUGCCCUUCUUCCCCUGACCCUCGACCUGGAUUUCAUGGCUCAGGAGCUUCUAAACCUAGCCACAGCCGAGUCUGCCCCCAUUCCCAUUCCUUUGAUCAUUCCAUCUUCGUCGGGACCGCGAGCAUUCCCAUUGCCCUUCUCCAAGCCUCCCAGUUUCCUCACCCCACCCAGGCCGGCUGAUUCUCACUUCAUCCGACCACGUUCAACGGAUUCUCAGGUCCAUUCUCGGAACAAGCGGUGUGCUUGCAGUUGCAAGUAAGAGAGUUCCUUGGUAGCCGAGGAGCCAAAGUGAAGAAGAGUUCGCUUUUCAUAGUCUUUCAUCGUGUACCGUUUUCGAGAGGGAUGUUCAUUUUCUCCCUUCCCCUUUCAAAACGUUCCCAUGGUAAUGCAGCCAAAGCAAGAAAGCGAGGCUUCUCUCUGCGAGGUGAAUCACCCAGUGAUAAGCACUGCUUUCACUCUCUUUUAUCUGUUUUGAAGAUGCCGUUACGUGCUUGAAUAAAGUUUCCACCAAGAAUAUACCUUUCGACAAAGACGAGCGGCUAAGGCUCAUGCGCUUUCGUUUCUGCGUUGAGGAUGCUAUAAUAAAGUUGUGAUCUGAUAAUCCUGG